AUGCCUGCUUUCCAGAUCUUCCAACAAGCCACAGGCUACGACUUCGAAGAGCUCAAGACAGCUCUCAAGAUGCUCGCAGUCGAAGACGCCGCCUCUGUGGACGCAAGCAUCACCACCGUCCCUGUUUCCCCUCACACUACCGCAGAGCAGAAGAAAGAGCGGGAGGUCAAGUUCGAGGCUGCCGCUGCUCGCCUGCACGACAUCUGCCUGCAGCGCAAGAAGUUCGACAAGCUUUACGACAGCAACGUCGUCGUCGAGGUUUCGACAGAUACUCUUGAGCAUGUCGAGGUCGUCGUGAUUUCGGGCGCGCAGCACAGUGUUAGCAACGGGAAGGGCGCUGUCGGUACUGGGCCACUGCCAGAGGCCUCAGGUAUGGCGAAGGAGGAAGCCAAGCGCGUCUUGAUUCGAGCAAAGCAGAACUUCUACAACAUCUGCCUUGCACAAGCUACCGAAGCUCGCCAUCAGCUUGAUUCGGCUGUUCAAGGCGCGAUCAAAAAUCAGGACGCAGAUUCGGAGGCCACCACUUCCAUCGAGAGCGGCGAGGAGUCGGGAUCGGAUGAAGAGCCAGAGACGACCAUGGAAAUGUUCAUGGGCAAAGUCGACGCGGUCAGCGAGCUGCCGAGUAAGAAGAGCGAGGACAGGAAGCAGUUCUGGAAUGACCUCAUCAUCAACGACUUGCUCCUGAUGAAGGACACCGACGAGGGCAAGCAGGGCACCUAUAGCCUGCGCCUACUUCCGCGACUCCCCGUCGUGUCGGUCGCCUUCGACAAGGAGAAGAUCCGUCCGGUCGUCACCGUCACGAUCGAUAACGAGGACGAUGCCGACUACCUGGCUGGCCAGGCCUUAGAGAACGGCCAUCAGAUGUACUUCACCACACCUGCUAUUCCAACGCACCUCAAAUUCAUCAACUCCUGCACGUCGCCCAACUUUCCAGAGUUCAAGAACAUCAAAGCUGAGGUCGAAAUCGCACCAGCCCACUGGCGGGACAUUGCGGUAUGCGCGGGGGUCCUGCUGGGCGAGAGCAAACGGCCAGACGUGGAGACUAAGCAGACUUGGAAAGCGACCACCAGCCCAGUCGCCAUCGAGGAGGCAGUCAGUAGCGGGAUCUACAAUGCCGCCACUCUGCCUCGUGCUGUGAGAUUGAUGAGGACUAAUGCGGUCUUCACGCGAGUGUAA